CUCAACUUCACUUCACUCUGUCCCACCUGCAACCACGGGACACAGCCCAAGAGAGAAACUGGGAAGCCGUCAGUUUCCUUUGCAAACCCUUUUUACGGUUCGCAACCCUGCAAGACCUUGUUCCGCCAUGAAUGCUCUGAAGAGAGCUGCAGUGCUUUACCACUACCCUUGCCCAGAUGGCGCAUUUGCUGCCCUUGCAGCUCACCUCUUCUUCUCUGCUACAUCUCGUCCCGCAGUUUUCUUCCCCAACACAGUCUAUGAUCCCAUCAGGGCAGAAGAUCUUCCUCUAGAUGAAUUUAAUGAAGUUUAUCUCUUAGACUUUGUCGGCCCUUCAGGUUUCGUUAGGGAUGUCUCUUGUAAAGUUGAGAGGGUAGUAAUUUUAGAUCAUCAUAAGACUGCACUUGAGAUGUUAGGUGGGAAUUCUCUUGGUAGUGAGAAUGUGAUUAAGGUAAUAGAUAUGAAGAGGAGUGGGGCCACCAUUUCUUAUGAUUACUUUAAGGAGAAGCUUGUAGAGGAUUGCAAUAAAAAUUCAGAUAACUGCGUAGGUGGGUUUGACAAUGGUGUUGAGAACAAUUUUGUACCUGAAAGUAAAAUUGAGAAGGUCAAUCGGCUCUUCAAAUACAUCGAAGAUGGAGAUCUAUGGAGAUGGGAGCUUCCAGAUAGUAAAGCCUUUAGUAGUGGGUUGAAAGACUUGAAUAUUGAAUUCAGUGUCAGAUCAAAUCCUGCUUUGUUUGAGCAGUUGCUGGAAUUGGAUCCUCAGUCUGUGAUCAAUCAAGGCAUGACUAGCUUAUCACAGAAACAAAAGUUAAUAGAUGAAGCUCUUGAGCAAUCGUAUGAAAUUGCACUCGGUGCUGGAUUAUUUGGACAUUGCCUGGCUGUCAAUGCUGAUAAUAUUUCAGAAUUUCGGAGUGAGCUUGGGCAUCAGCUAGCUAACAAAAGCCGUAGCAUAAGAUUGAGGGGCAUCGGGGCUGUUGUCUACAAAGUUCCAGAGCUUGAAAAUGAACAGAAACUUAAAAUAAGUCUCAGGAGUGUGGAUGUAGAGGACACAACACCCAUCUCACAGGAGUAUGGAGGUGGUGGACAUCGAAAUGCCAGUUCCUUCAUGUUGAGCUCGGAUGAGUUUGAGCGGUGGAAGGUUUGAACGGCCCGCAGAAUCCCAUGAUUUUACUGCUAUGUCUAGCUGAAACAAAAUUUACAAUGAUAAUAUAUAUUUUUGGAGAUUAACUGGUUGACUGGUUUGCCCCUGGACAACCCACCAGCCACUGUUUUGACCCCGUGGCAUUCAUUCUAGUUUUUAACUUUAAAGCAUUUGGCUAAUGAGCUGAGUUCAAGCUUGAAUGGGGAAGAUAAGGCCCCUGUGAAUAAGUCAAGACCUGUGGCAGUUUCACCUAAUCUCACAAAAUCAGGAACCAGCUGCUCUUUCAACUUCAGGUAGAGGGCUUCAAGGGAUUUCAUUUCUCUGUCAUAAGCUGUAUUUGGUUUUCCACCUUGACACAGUUUCAAGCUUGGAACACCAUGCUAAAAUAAGAGCUACUUAAAUCUCAAAACUAUGAUAGUCUCAAAUGGGUUCAUCAGAAGGUGACUGACUGUACGCCUAUAAUGUUGCAUUUUGGAUUUUCCCUUUUGGUAGGACUUUUUAGAUAAUUUAUUCUCUCUUAUAUUUCGGGAUUUUCUCGUUAAUUUGAGAUGUAUAUUACCAUGAUCUAAGAACACUUAAAAGGAAUACUAAAUCGAACUGUAUGAAUGAGUUCUA